UCUCUUUACUCUUUUACCGUUUCGCUUGCUUCUUAGACAAACGUGCACGCUCCUCAGUUUUGCUGAUUUUUUCAGUGAAUUAUUAGUAAAAAAUCAACGGAAAAUAUGGCAGACAAAGUAGAACAACAAAAAGAAGUUGACGCUGUCGAAGUACCUGACAAGGCGAAAGCUGAAGAAAAGCCAGUAGAAUCUGUGCAAAAUGGAGACAAAGCUGAAAACGGGGACGAGAAGAAAGACCCCAAAGAAGCUGAAGAUGACGAAAAGGAUGGCGAGGAAGCCAAAGACGCUGAGCCUGAAGCAGAGAAACCAUCUGCCAAGAGGAAGUCGACGGGGGGCGGAGAUGCCACUGACAGCACCACCCCGAAAGGCACCCCCGAAAAGAAGGCCAAACUCGACGAGAAGGUAGAAGCAGAGUCGAAAACUGAAGCUGAGGCGAAAGCUUAAUCUUCGUAUGAUUUCAUUUUAAGUUUUGAAUUGUACUUUUCCUUUUAUGAUUUAUGUAUAAUGAUAGGGUUGAGCGUGAGAGUGACCGUUGGUGGCCCUAACGUUGCACAUAUUUUUACAUGACACAAAACUAUUUUUAGGGAAUUGCAUUUAUUUUUAGUUGUUUUGGCACAGCUUCCAAGUGAAGGUGUUGAUAUUUCCUAAGAGUUGUCGGAGCGUGCCAAGAUUUUUUUAUAGGUGCGUUUGUGUACUUAAGGUUUUUACUACAAUUUUGACUACGUUAGUUUCUCCCCAAUAGUAAAAUAAUGUUCCCGUGUUGUCAAGUCAGUGUAAUAUAUCGAAUUAACGGCGCAGAAGACGUGUCCCUAGAAUGUUGUAAGAGUUCUGUUAUUAUUGUAAAAUGUGGUGAAUCUCUAGGAGCGGCUCUGCCAUUACCUCUCGCUAACAGUGGUUUCUAAAUGUGUUCAUAUCAAAUCUACUAAUUUUGUACUGCUUGUUUUAUACCAAAUACACACAUGUUGAUACGCCGACUAACAGUAUUUCGUGUUUGAGAACCGGAUCAAGUUUACCUGAUAGCAGGGGCGCUGUGUUGGGAAUUAACUUUCCCAUACAGGUUCUGAAGUCGGCGACUACUGCUGCCAUCUACAUUUGGUUUUGGUUACAUAGCAUUUAGGAUAGUAUUGGUAUGAUUAUCGUCCUGAUGGAGCAUUCAAUGCCGAUGGUACAAAACAGUUUUUCAUUAGUGGUAUGGCAAUAAAGAGUUAUUCCAG